AUGAAACUUGUCAAGAUCUGUGGUCUUCAAACUAUGGAGGCAGCGGAAGUCGCAGCAUUAAAUGGAGUAGACCUUUUAGGUUGUAUUCUUGUUCCAAAUCGUCAACGUACGGUUGACCCCACCGUCGCUCGACAAAUUUCUCAGAUUGCCAACUUUAAUCGUCCCAAAACCGUUAAAGAUAUUUUUCUAGACAUUAAGUCGCAAAAUAUUAGCGACCCAAUCAAAUACUUUGACUAUAUCAAGCAGGAAAUUCUCAGUUAUGGUCCAUAUUUAGUAGGAGUUUUCCGGAACCAAAGUGAAGAGGAAGUGUUUAAACAAGCUUCGGAUUUGAACUUGGACUUUGUACAACUUCAUGGAGAUGAAAACAAAACUGAGUUUAUCAGAUUAGCAACAGAGUUGGGAUUCGGUGUGAUCCCACGAUACGUGAUCCCACGCGAUAUUGAACAAUUGAAAAAAGAUACACAAGAGAUUGUUAAAUUAGGUGCAUUGAGUAUACCGUUAUUGGAUUCUGAUCAAGGCGGAGAGGGAAAAGUUGGAGACUGGGAUUACAUUACUGAAAAUUUGGGCUUUACAAGUGCGCUUUUAGCCGGUGGAUUAACGCCAGAAAAUCUAAUAGAUACUAAAAAUGUUAAAAAUAUUAUAGGGUACGACGUGAGCGGUGGAGUCGAAACAGAUGGAAAGAAGGAUCCCACAAAAAUCAUCAGGUUUAUCGUUAACGGAAAAGCUGUGUAG